GUUGUACCUUGCUACAAAUCCUGGUGUCCUCAUCGUGCCAGGCUCGCGAGGGUGUGCGGCACAUCGUGGAUCGUCACACCAGGGGUAGAGCAAGAAGGGCAGAGCGGCGAGAACAAAUCGGACUGGCUUUCUCCUCGCGGGGAGAGGUGUGAAGUCUCGGGAGCAUCGCGCCUUGGGAGGGAAGACCGGGAACACGAGACAUUCAAGAAGCGAUCGACCGGGUGCCGCUUUUUCCCAUCCAGUCGGGUGACCCACGCACACUCUGGAGGGGCAGGAGGCUGACGAUGAGCGAGGUGGUCAAGGCCGGCGUGUUGGAGGUAACGGUUGUGCAAGCUACCGGAGUCGACCUUCUUGCGGCAACGUCCACCCUGUCUCGAACCGCCCGUCGAAAACCCGCACUCGUGGCACGCGUCACCGUGGAUGGCACAACAAAAUCCGGGCAGCCGGCCCAGCGGAGCCAUCAUCCGGUAUGGUUCCCGGCGCAGCCGCUCAACCUCGGCGACAUGAACGCCUCAUCGUCGACCUCCCGCGCUAGGGGGGGCACCAGCGGCGCGCGCAAUGGCGGCGGCAGAGGCAGCAGCAGCAGCAGUAGCGUUAACCACAGCGCCCGCUUGUUUGGGCGCGCCUUCAGCAAUGGUACCGCACACCCCCCAGAGAGGGAGGCAGCCAACGGCCCGCUCGGUCUGGCGAGGGAUCGUUACAGAGGUGGUGCAGGCGAUGGUGGCGGCGAUGGCGGAGAGGGGUCUGAAUCCGGCAACCCGCGCCAUGGUGGCGGCGGCAGCAGCAGCAGCGGCAGCAGCAGCAGCAGCAGCAGCAGCAGUGGCGGCGGCAGCGGCGGCGUUGCCCGCGGGCUGCUGUUCGAGGUGCGCGAGUUUUACGGCCCGACUCGUAUCGUCGUGGAGUUGGUGUCCGGAGGAAGCGGCGGCGGCGGCGGCGGCGGCGCGGGAAGUGGUACCGUUCUCGGCGUAUGUGAGGCUAGGCUCGCGGAGGCCUUGGUCGGAAGGGUCGGAGGGUCAGGGGCGUCCUGCAGACAAGAAAGAGCCUCCUCUUCGUCUGGGUUGAAGGGCACGGCAGCCGCGGGCGGACGUCCCACGCAAGCGGCUGCCGUCCUUUUUCCGAAAGAGGAGAAGAACCAAUCGCCAACACUGCCCCCAGAGAGGUAUGAGGACAACAGCAGCGUGCGCGAUGAGGGCGAUGCCGAUGCCAAUGCCGCUGGCCGGCCGCGGCUCGACCUCGCCCCCUCUGACUCGGCCGCCGGCGGUGAAGGUGCUAUUAUCUCACCGCAAGAAGCUAGCGCCGACGCGGGUACCGGUGCUGAUGCCGCCGACGCGGUCCCCGGCCCGAGCUCUACCGCCAGUGCUACCGCCGGUACCCCCGAGGAAAGCGCCGGGUGCUUGCCCGGCGGAGGCGUAUUUGGGAGCUGGCGGCGACGCCGCCGAGGCAACAGGCAGCGGCGUUCCUCCAACGCCGGGCUUGCUAGCACCGAUGGCAGCCCCGGGGCCGGCGGGGGUGGGGUAGGUGGCGGCAGCGGGCCCGAAAAGAUGAGCAACAACAGCUCCGGAAGCAAGUCUGGGCGUAGCGGCGGCGGCAGCGCCGGGGUGGCCGGAAGGAACCGGAGCACGAGGGAGGGGAGCGGCCGGGUCUCGUCGUUGGCCGGGAAGGCGGCGGCGGCAACGGCGGCGGCAAAGAGGGCGAAUAAGCCGGCCGCUACAGCGUUGACCCUGGAAGAGGUCGAGAUGCUCGCCACCAGCGAUUGGGGUGGGGGGUACGCGAACGGUUCGGCGAGAGAUAUCUGGAAAGAGUUAACCCAUGUCGGGGGGGGUGGCGGCGGCGGCGGUAAUGGGGGGAAGAGCAAGAGCACUGGCGCCGGCGGGAGCAGGCUGGGGCCGGCGGUGCGCCUACGCCUGCGGUUUAUCCCGCUCUGGGACUGCCUGGCGGAUGGGGGAGGCGUGAAUGGUCUGGGGGCUCUCCACGCGGCCGCUAGAGACGGAGACGCCAGGCUGGUGAGCUAA